AGGGGUUGGAAAAUCCGCAAUUGCAGCUCGAAUUAACAAUCUUGGAUUCGACGAAUAUUCUAAGCCGACUAUCGGAGCGUCGUUUUCCCAAAUAACCGUUCUGGUUGACAACCAGUCGGUUUCGCUGUGUGUCUGGGACACAGCUGGGCAGGAACGGUUCCGGGCGAUAACUCCGCUAUAUUACCGAAAUGCGCGCGUCGCGUUCGUUGUAUACGACGUAACGGAUGACAGGAGUUUCGUCGACGCUAAAUCUUGGGUAGAAGAAUUACGAACUUCCACCUAUGAUGCAUUGCUGAUAUACUUAAUCGGAAAUAAAGUGGAUCUAUCGCACCAGCGAAAGAUUUCAGCGGAGGUUGCGCGAGAAUACGCCGAAUCGAUCGGUGCGUCAUUUUGGGAAACAUCUGCUCUUGCCAAUUCAGGUAGGACUGAGUUGGUUGCGGCCCAAGAUCGACUCUGUUCCUGA